GAGGCAAAACCUUAAAAUCCCUCAGUCGCUGAGGCAGGUGCUGCUGCAGCAGAAGCCCAACAAGACCCAAGAGAAGCAAAGGCUGAAGAUACCUGAGCCGCUGAGACAGGAGCUGCUGCAGCUGUCGGCUCGAGCAUCUUCUGUUCAAGGAGCACCUGUGCCUUAAAAGACCCCAGAGAGACAAAGACUUAAACCCCCUCAGUCGCUGAGGCAGGAGCUGCUGCAGGUUUCAUCUUGUGCCUCUUCUGAGAAGGGAGCACCUGGACCCAACAAGACCCCAGAGGCAAAAGCUCAAGAUACCUGAGCGUCUGAGGAAGGAGUUUCUGCAGCAGAAGCCUCAAGCCUGUCCUGUACAGGGUGAUCCCAUGGCUUCAAAGUCCCCACAGGAAGCACCUUUACCUGACAGGAGCCCUGUGUAUGUUGGGACCCCACAGGGAGCAGGAGUGUUUGCCAGGUCUCCACCGGCAGAGGCAGUGCCCGCUGAGCCUCCGAAAGGAGCGACAGUUACCUCCAGAACCACGAAGACAAGAAAAGGGAGGCUUGCUGAGCAUCAGAGCAUUCGUGUCUCUGCCACCCAGGUACUACCCAUGUCCUCAAGCGUGGUUCCUGUGCAUUCUGGGACCCUACAGGGAGCACUUGUGACCAAAAGUUCCCCACAACAGGGAUCAAAUCCCAGAAUGACUGAGCAGCAGAGGAAGAAGCGCAGGGAGCAGUGGAGACAGCAGCAGAGACAGCGGAGGCAGCAGAAAGCAUCAGACAACGUCGAAGUUUGUGAGCCGCCUCCAAAAAAAAAGCUGGGUGUGGAAAUCGAAAAGGUGCAGCUGAAGCUCAAACUGGGGAACCAUCAAGCCCCAAAGCCCAGGUCCCAGCUCACCCUGAUGAUGGUUACGUCCAUUCCUCCCCCAAACACCCCGACAACUCCUGCCCACCCCAGCCCCCUGCACUCUUCAGUUUUUGUGUGCUGCUCAAACCCUGGUCAUGUGACUUCUGUCCCAGCACAAUCGAGGCUCCUCGCCAUUGGUCGGCCGCUUUGA